CGCUCACUCUGCCCGCGGGACAGGAGGUCGAGACGAUGUCGCUGGUGAGGUGACCGCCGCCGGGUCGGCCAUCAUGGAAGACGUUUAUGUUUAGCAGCAUAGAGAUAAAUUGCAUCAAAAUGUCUUCCCCGCCGGAAGCUGAACAUUGAAGCCGUUCAGUGAGAGGAGCGGGGGGAGGGGGCUCCGUCGUCUUAAGAGGAUAAAGAAAAAGGAAAGCGGCGGUUUUUUUUGUUUUUUUUUCUAAGUGGACCGGUUCGGCAACAUCAUGAGCGGCGGAUCGGAUGAGAGCUCGGUGCGCGUGGCUCUGAGGAUUCGUCCCCAGCUGGCCAAAGAGAAAAUCGAGGGCUGUCACAUCUGCACGUACGUGAUGCCCGGAGAGCCACAGGUGGUCCUGGGUAAGGACAAGGCCUUCACCUUCGACUUCGUCUUCGACAUGGACACUCAGCAGGACAACAUCUACACCCACUGCACCGAGAAGCUAAUCGAGGGCUGCUUCGAGGGCUACAACGCCACCGUCUUCGCAUACGGACAGACAGGUUCGGGGAAGACGUAUACUAUGGGAACCGGCUUCGACGUCAACAUCGGCGGGGACGAGCUGGGCAUCAUUCCCCGUGCCGUCAACCACCUGUUCAGAGGCAUCGAGGGGCGCAGGCGGGCUGCCACCGAGCAGGGCAGCCCCGUUCCCGAGUUCAAGAUUAACGCUCAGUUCCUGGAGCUGUACAACGAAGAGGUGCUGGACCUGUUCGACACAACUCGAGACCUCGAGGUCAGGAGGCAAAAGUCAAACAUCAAAAUCCACGAAGACGCCAAUGGGGGCAUCUACACGGUGGGCGUCACCACCCGCACCGUCACCUCAGCAGCCGAGAUGAUGCAGUGUCUGAAGCUCGGCGCUCUGUCUCGCACCACAGCCAGCACCCAGAUGAACGUCCAGAGCUCGCGCUCCCACGCCAUCUUCACCAUCCACCUCUGCCAAGUGCGGGUCUGCUCCCCCGAUAACAGCGAUCACGUAAAUGAACACCCUGCGAGCAAUUCGGAGAUUAACGAGUUUGAGACGCUGACGGCCAAGUUUCACUUUGUGGACCUGGCUGGUUCUGAGAGGCUGAAAAGAACCGGAGCUACAGGAGACCGAGCUAAAGAGGGCAUCUCUAUAAACUGUGGACUGCUCGCCUUGGGAAAUGUCAUCAGCGCUCUGGGAGACAGAAGUAAGCGCUCGACCCACGUGCCUUACAGAGACUCCAAACUCACCCGGCUCCUGCAGGACUCGCUGGGCGGCAACAGUCAAACCAUGAUGAUCGCUUGCAUCAGCCCAUCGGACCGGGACUUCAUGGAGACCCUGAACACCCUGAAGUACGCCAACCGGGCCCGAAACAUCAAAAACAAAGUGGUGGUGAACCAGGACAGAGCCAGCCAGCAGAUCAGCGCCCUGAGGACCGAGAUAGCCCGGCUGCAGAUGGAGCUGAUGGAGUACCGGACGGGGAAGCGUGUGGUGGGCGAGGACGGCAUUGAAGGCAUCAACGACUUGGUCCACGAGAACUCCAUGUUGCAGACGGAGAACAACAACCUGAGGGUGAGAGUGAAGGCCAUGCAGGAGACCAUCGACGCCCAGAAGAGCAGACUGACGCAGGUCCUCAGCGAGCAGGCCAGCCAGGCUCUGGCCAGAGCAGGUGAGGGCAACGAAGAGAUUGGCAACAUGAUUCAGAACUACAUCAAGGAAAUCGAAGAGCUCAGAGCGAAGCUUCUGGAGAGCGAGGCCGUGAGCGAGAACCUGAGGAAGAGUCUGUCCUGGGCUGCCACUCGCUCCUCGCUGUACGGAAGCCCCGCCUCCUUCUCCUCGGCCAUCUUCGCUCCAGAGAAGGAGGCCAGCAACGUCAUCGAGAUGGCCAAGAAAGACCUGGAGAAACUCAAGAAGAAGGAGAAGAAGAAGAAAAAGAGGCUGAGGCGAUUCGAGGAGAAUCGGGACCGUGAGGUUGAGCUCGCCAGCGUCAAAGACGAGGUCCCGGACAACGACCAAGAAAGAGGCAACGAGGAGGCGGAGGGGGAGGGCAGCGGUCACGAAGACGGCGAGGAUGUCGACGGAGAAGACGAGGACUUCGACCUGGAAGGAGACGAAACGUCCGAUGAGUCUGACUCUGAAGAACUGGAAGAGAAAGAAAACGUCCAGGCCGAUCUGGCCAACAUCACCUGUGAGAUCGCCAUCAAGCAGAAGCUCAUCGAUGAGCUGGAGAACAGCCAGCGGCGCCUCCACACCCUCAAACAGCAGUACGAGCAGAAGCUCAUGAUGCUGCAGAACAAGAUCCGGGACACCCAGCUGGAGAGGGACAAAGUGCUGCACAACAUGGGCUCAGUGGAGUCGGGUACAGAGGAAAAGGCUAAAAAGAUAAAAGUGGAGUACGAGAAGAAGCUGAGCUUCAUGAACAAGGAGCUGCAGAAGCUCCAGGCGGCUCAGAAGGAGCACGCUCGCCUCCUGAAGAACCAGUCCCAGUACGAGAAGCAGCUCAAGAAGCUCCAGCAGGACGUGGCGGAGAUGAAGAAGACCAAAGUGGCGCUGAUGCGACAGAUGAAGGAGCAGCAGGAGAGGAGCAGGGUCUCGGAGACCAGGAGGAACAGAGAAAUCGCCUCGUUGAAGAAGGAGCAGCGCAGAGCCGAGCACCAACUGAAACAGCUGGAGGCCCAGAAGAGACAACAGGAGCUGAUCCUCCGCAGGAAGAACGAGGAGGUGACGGCUCUGAGGCGACAGGUCAGGCCCAUGUCUGGGAAAGUGAGCAGGAAGGUGAGCUCACCCGAGUCUCCCCAGGAGCCUUCACAGAGAGGAAACCCUGGAAGACCGCAGCCAUCGGCUCUGAGCGCUUCAAACGGCACCAGGAGGUCCCCUGUGCGGAUGGCAACCAUUUACCACAACAGAACCGCCCGGACUAAGUGGCAGUCUUUGGAGAGGCGUGUCAGUGACAUCAUCAUGCAGAGGAUGACCAUCUCCAACAUGGAGACAGACAUGAACCGACUGCUGAAGCAACGGGAGGAGCUGACCAGGCGGAAGGAGCGGCUGUCCAGGAAGAGGGAGAAGAUGGCGGUGGACGGCGCGGACACCGACCGCUCGCUGGCGUCCCUGAACGAGGAGCUGGAGUCUCUGAGCGCCAACGUGGACUACAUCAACGACAGCAUCGCUGAGUGCCAGGCCAACAUCAUGCAGAUGGAGGAGGCCAAGGAGGAAGGAGACCCUGUGGACGUUACUGCUGUCAUCAGCUCCUGCAACUUAUCAGAAGUUCGAUUCCUUCUGGACAAUUUUAUGACCAUGGCCAUCAAUAAGGGUCUGCAGGCGGCUCAGAAAGAUUCCCAGCUGAAGGUGAUGGAGGGCCGGUUGAAGCAGACGGAGAUAAACAGCGCCACCCAGAACCAGCUGCUCUUCCACAUGCUGAAGGAAAAGGCUGAGAUCAACCCAGAGCUGGACGCACUGCUGGGCAACGCCCUGCAAGAGAAUGGAGAUGACAGCAGCAGUGACGAGUCCACCCAGAGUCCGGCCACUGAUGGCAGCACUCUGUCGUCAGACUUAAUGAAGCUAUGUGGUGAAGUCAAGCCCAAAAGCAAGGCUCGACGGCGAACCACCACCCAGAUGGAGCUGCUUUACGCCAACAGUGGGAAUUUGUCCUGCGUGUCCCCCACCGGAGACAUCUUGUCCCCUCUGCUGCCCCUCACAGAGAGUCUGGAAGGACCAGCAGACGUGCCGGGGCUUGCAGCUGGUCAGAGCUUUGACCGGGAGCAAACUUCUUCCCCGUCUGCACCGUCUGCCAGACCAGCUGGCAUGUCUGGAUCCAGGUCACCUACGCCGAUUGAGAGGAAACAACUGGAACGCUCGCCACUCAACCGCAGGAAGACUCAAGAGAAAGGACUCUUCCUGUCUCAGCUCCCAGCACAGACUCCAUCAGUGGGAGCACCAGAAACCAAAACAAAAGGCAGCGACUACAAACCACCGUUGGAGGAAUCACCUGUAUUUGAAGGGCACAGAGGUGUGAUCAAUCCUGUAGCAGCUCCAAAAAACAGCCGUGGCGCCAAAAUUCAGUGCGUCCACGUAGCCGAAGGUCACACGAAACCGGUUCUUUGCGUAGACGCCACAGAUGACCUGCUCUUCACAGGGUCCAAAGAUCGUACCUGUAAGGUGUGGAACUUGGUGACGGGACAGGAGAUCAUGUCUCUAGCGGAUCAUCCCAGUAGUGUUGUCUCAGUCAGGUACACAUCCAGCCUGGUCUUCACGGUUUCCACUGCUUACAUCAAAGUCUGGGACAUACGAGACUCGGCCAAGUGCAUCCGCACACUGACAUCAUCAGGUCAAGUGAGCUCGGGGGACACGUGCUCCUCUGUCAGGAGUUUAUCCAUCCCACAAGGGGAGAGUCAGAUCAACCAAAUCGCCCUCGAUCCAUCCGCCUCCUUCUUGUACGCCGCCGCUGGCAACGCAGUGCGCAUGUGGGACCUCCGCAAGUUUGUGUCAACGGGAAAGUUGACUGGUCAUUUGGGACCUGUCGUGAGCCUAGCUGUGGAAAAGUUUGGCCACGGGCAGGACGUUGUGCUCACUGGCUCCAAAGACCAUCAUAUUAAAAUGUUUGAAGUGGCAGAAGGUGCUCAGGGGAGCAUCAGCUCCAGCCACACGUUCGAGCCAGCGCACCAGGACAGCGUGGAAUGUCUGGCUGUGCAUGAAAACGUUUUCUACAGCAGCUCCAGAGAUUUUUGUAUUAAAAAGUGGGACAUGGCCAGUAAAAGGUUAUUACAGUUGGCCAGUGCCCAAACAGACUGGGUUAGUGCUAUGGGAGUGGUGCCAGGCUCCCCGGUGCUCCUCACUGGGUGCAGAGGAGGGAUGCUUCGCCUCUGGCACACCGACUCCCUCACGCCUCUUGGGGAGGUCCAGGGGCACAGCAGUCCCAUCAAUGGUUUGUCAACCAACAGCAACCAACUGUUCACCGCUUCUGAUGACCGCACGGUAAAAGUUUGGGAAGCCAAAGAGACCCUGGAUGAUGGAAUUAACUGAACGCAGAUCUCGAAUACGUCCUUAAAAUCAAGUAUUAUCUCCUGGCAGCCGUCAACAUGAGUUGAUUCAUAAGUAAUUAUUGAAGAGCUGAUUUGAGAAUCCAAAGACGUGGUAUGACAGUGUUCACUUUUGGCUAAACAAUACCUGAGAGCAAU